AUGAGCGCGCCGGCAUCGCCCUCAGGGGUCGACCAGGUCGAAUCUACUGCCACGCGGCGCAAGUCUGGACGCGUAUCCAGAAAACCAGACAGGUUCGCGCCAGGCGCGAGCCCAACCACCACCACCAAGCGGAAGCGCGGCAACGACAAUGACAGUGCAGUAGACGCGAGCGACUCUUCCGAACAAGAGUCGGACCAGAGCACUGAGGACGAGCCGGAUGAUGAGGAAAUCAAGGAGCGCAGGCGCAAGAGGAAGACCAAAGCUGCUGCUCGUAAGCCAGCAGCUAAGAAGCCAAAGACCAAUGGCGACAGCCUCAAUCUGGCCAUCCGUCCCGCCAGCAACGCGACAAAGAAGCUUGCCAAACGACCCCGAAAAGCGCCUGUACGCAAGAGCACCCUGCCAGAGGAGACCGAAGGCCUAUACGCCGACGUGUUCGCUAGCGGAGACCGGCUCGAAGACGUGACCGCUCAGUGGAUAGCCCGGUUCAAUGAACAUGAGGCCAAAGCUGUGGCCGAAAUCGUAAAUCUAGUCUUCCAAGCUUCAGGCUGCGAUUUGCGGAUAAACGAGGACGACAUAGGCGACCCUGAUAACGCGCCCAAUCGCGUAGCCGAGAUUCAAGAGGAAUUCCAGCAGUACGAGGUUACUGAAUACCCUCUAAUUGCAAAGGCAAAAGAUGGCGGUGGCAAUGCCUUCAGAAACGCGCUGCAAGGCUUCUUUAUGACCCUCAUACAAACCAUUGCAGAAUCAGGCCUCAUGUACGAGAGCGUGGAGAUUUUAGAAAACAUUUCCGUCUGGCUGGGCGCCAUGUCCUCCACCGGUAAUCGUCCAUUCCGGCAUACAAGCACAGUCGCCUCGCUAGCCAUCACAACCGCCCUGGCACAAGUUGCGGCAGACCUGGUCGAGAAUACGGCUAAGCGCGUCCGCCAGAGCGAAGCAGAAGCCAAAAAGUCAAGAGUGAACAAAGAACGUGUGGCUGCAGCGGAAAAGGAAAUCGACGAGUACAAUCAGAAGCUAGAAUAUGUCGGGGGCCAGUUGGAUGACUGGUUCGCUGCCGUCUACGUUCAUCGUUACCGGGACGUCGAUCCUAAAAUCAGAGUCGAUAGCGUGGUAGCGCUGGCAGAUUGGAUCAUGGCAUAUCCCGACAAGUUUUUUGACGGCACCAAACUCCGCUAUCUGGGUUGGGUGCUUUCAGAUCCAAAUCCAUCCACACGAAUCGAAGUGCUGCACCAACUUGCACGCUUGUUCCGGGAUGAGAGCAAGCUGGCCGGCUUGAAGACGUUUACCGAGCGCUUCCGACCACGUAUUGUCGAAAUGGCUACUCACGAUGCGGAAAUCAACGUGCGUGCUGCGGCAGUCGACUUACUCGACAUCCUUCGUGAGGCCGGCUUCCUUGAGCCCGAUGAUAUUGAUUCGGUUGGCAAGCUCAUCUUCGACUCUGAUGCAAAGGUUCGCAAGUCUGUGGUUGGCUUUUUCGCCGAGAAUGUCAAUGCUGCAUAUGAAGCGACCGUAGAAGAUAUGGGAGGCGAAGAAGCGUUAAAUGAAGCAUUGGCUCCACCUGACGAAGAAGAGGAAGAAUAUCACAACCCACGACUCGAGUGGCUCAAGCUCAAGUGUUUAGUUGAUCAGUUGCUCUCAUACGACGAAGACGAAAUUGAGCUGCCCUCGCAAAUCCAGCGCAUGUCUCCUGGUACGGAGCUGGGGUUGAUUGCUGCUGGUGUGGAAUCGCGCGUUUCGCUCGCUGCUCAAGCUCUCUACGAUGCCAUUCCGGAGAUUCGGUCAUGGGAGGUUUUGGCUGGUUACCUCCUCUACGACCAUUCCCAAACUGUUCAAGGAGACAGUGAGGAUCCAGAAAUCAUGCUUCGCCAAACCUGCCAGCUCGAGGAGAAACACGAGACUGUUCUCUUGGACAUUCUCAACUCAGUAGUACGCAUCCGGCUUCAGCGUCUUGCAGAGGUAUCCAAGGACAAGAAGAAGACCAAGACGCAACGUGAAAGCGAGCAAGAGGACCAAGCAGAUAUGGCUCGACGACUAUCAUUACUUAUCCCUCAACUUUUGAAGAAAUUCGGGGCUCUUCCCGAGGCUGCUGCGCUAUGUCUCCGAUUGGAGCGUGAGCUGAAUCUGGAUGUCUUUGAGGAACUCCGGCAAAAUGCAGCCCUUACUGCGUUACUUGACGACAUCAACAAGCAAUUCCUUACUCAUCACAACGAGCGUGUGCUUGGUGAAGCUAUCGGAUCCAUUCUACAUGCACAGGGCAGCGAGGAACUCAGAGAGACGGUUGAUCUCAAGGUGCAAGCACUCUGGGAUGACCUGAUCAACACAUUUGAUGCCCUUCGUAGAGGCAAGGACUUUUCUACACGAGGCAACUUGGAUCAAAAUGUUCUCCGCGGCGUUUCCAACGUCGUACUAAAGAUGGCACAACUGGUGACUGUUUCAGAUGCUUCUGUGCUGGACCAUAUUGUUGCUCCUGCAAAGCCAAAAGGCAGAGGCAAGAAGGCGGCGUUGGACACACCGCCAAUUGACUCAGUGUUGCAAAUCCUUGAGCGAGGUGUUCCAGUUGAGGAGCUGGAUGCAGAGAUUGAAGAGGCAGACGAUACUUUUGUCCGUCACGCAAUGUCUAUUAUGCUCAUGUAUUUUAUGUGGAAAUGCCGGGAGUGUACCACACACGUUGAAGAAGGCACCAGCAUACCUGACGACGAGCUCAUGGCGCUUGUGGAAAGGAGGGACACUUGUGUCACGACCUUGAUGAGGAUUAUGGAGAGCCGGAAAGGCACAGAUGAAGUACGACUCGACGCAGCGAAUCUCCUGUUAGACAUUUACACCAUGUUCUGUACACUACGGGUCAAAAAGGGCAAGGCGACAAGGACGCCUAAAAAGACACAAGGCCGCGCAUCAAAUAACGCCAAUGACGAUUGGGAGGCUCUAUGCCGAGACAUCGACAGCAACACAACAAAGCUCAUCUUGCAGAUUCUUACGGCCUGGGAAAACCACCUGGCCAAACUUACCAACAAGCGUCUUGAGGAACCAGAUGUUGACGAUGACCCAAUCGACCCUGACGACGAACCGGAAAGUGACGAAGAUGAUGCUGCGGACGAGGGCGCAGUAUCCGACAAGCAAGUGCGUGCCAUUCUGGCUGAGCAAUCGCUCGAUGCGUUCGGUGGGCGCAUCGUACAUGCUGUGCUUGUUGGUGCACUUGAUGGCGACGGUUCAGGCACAGUGCGCAAGCGUCUAGAGCGUAACAAGACAAAGCUCACGCCUACAUGGAGGGAGGUUGUAAAUCAUCUCGACGCAGUCAAGCAACGCAAAGUGACCAAGAAGGGUACAAAGGCAACUAAGGACACUGCCAAGCCAGCCAAAAGCAAAGAGGUUGUUGAAGUGGACAGCGAUGAAGACGAAGAACAAGACGCUGAGAAUGAAGUACCCGGAGACGAGAUUGAGGACGAGGAAAUGGCCGAUGGCGAUGAGGAGCAGACAAAUGGUGUACAGGAUGCGGAGGAGAAUGGUGACGAUGCGGCAGAGAGGGAUGGGGAUGGCGAAGAGAGUAUUCUCGGCGACUGA